AUGAAGUCCCUCACGAUUCUCCCCCUUAUCCUCUCCUUGGGCUACUGCAUUACGCCCAACUCGAUCUCAAAUCAGAAGUCAGACAAUUUCUACGGUAAUGAUCUUAUCAUCGCCGCUUCAGACGAGGGCGCAGAGACCUACUAUGGAUACAAAGUUCCAAGUGGAGAGUGUGAAAAUCUCACAGACCAACCCGACUCCGACUGUUCGGGGCGGCAGGUCGUCUCUGUGUCCAGCUGCUACAACAACACAUACAACGAGGAUGUUAUCACUGUUCCGUCUUUCAUUUGCUACUCUAGCGAUGACCUUGACUGCUAA